CAAAAAUAUUUGAAAAUGUUUGAGAAUCCCAAUUCAUGGGCUACCUCCACUUUCAUGGAGGAGGCGCCCACCCUCUACGAUGACAAUUUGGAUAAAUUGUUGAAAAAUCUCUGUUGGGAAUGCCAACUAUACGAGUGUGAACAUCAAUGCUACGAGCAGGAACCAGUACAAGAAUUACAGCAGAAACAAUCAGAGUUUGCACCAGAAAAGAAAGCACAAUUUCAUGCUCAGCCAUUGCAUUCUAAUCUGGAAACCAUAAACACUACAAAUCAGUUAUUCGCGGAAUUAACGCCGACGCAACAGCAACAAGAAAGUCUUUCCGAUUUCGGGUUUCGGAGUACUUGCGGAUGUGGCGAUGGGAAGGUGUGUGAAAAUGGUGAAUAUGCUUUAUGGGUUCCGCAGCAAUAUCAACAGACAUCAAAUACGCAAGUACAAAGUCAGUCUAAUGCCCCGCAACAAAUAAUGCAAUCAUCAAUUGGAUCAGUAUCACAGCAGCAUAAUGUCGUGUCGUGCAAUGGACCACUUCAACGGUGUCAGUCUUACCAACGUGAAGAGCAAUCGUACGGCGUAACCGUUUAUCCCCCACGUAACUAUCCCGCGCUCGAAGCAGUACCGGGAAUAACGUAUCCAAUUGAGAACGAUCGAUCACAAAAUGCGUAUGCGCUACAACAAGAGUUGCCGAGGCACCGAUUUCAACAGCCACUGCAUCCUUUGCAGCAGCAGCAUAUACAAUCGCAACAGAGCUUCCAGCCGCCACAACAGUUCAUUCAAAAACAAAAUAUACCCAAUCAACCAGUGCAAGUGCCACAACAAUAUGGACAACAACACUUUUCGCAGCAUCCGUACAACGAACAAUUUAUUGACUCACACCGCAAAUGGCUUAGUCAACAGCCGACCGCACGACCAUCGUAUCCUAUGCACAGCGGCAUUAGCGAUGGUUGUGUGCCGGAUACUCGUUUGCCUUCUGUGCAAGAACGGAGUGCCGGCUAUUAUCAACAGGCGCCAACCGGCGCGCCUGGUGUAAAUGUACAGCGGUUGCUGGGUCACGCACCGUGUAGUGGGAAUGUUCCGUGGUCAUAUUCCUAUUGCUACGGUAAUGAGCAGAACAAAUAUGAACCCUGCCACUUCAUACAAUGCGUUGACAUUGAAGACUUUCUAAAUAAUGAAAAACGGAAAGAGAAAUCACGUGAUGCAGCCAGAUGCCGGCGUUCACGCGAAACGGAAAUCUUCAGUGACUUGGCACAGAUUCUGCCACUCCGCAAAGAGGACGUCAACCAAUUGGACAAAGCAUCUGUAAUGCGCAUUGCUAUAGCGUUUUUGAAAGUUCGCGAAAUGCUACAGCUCUUCCCGAAAAUUCAAAAUCUGAUUGAAGAUUUGAAAUUAGACAUUGAUAUUGACGACAACUCAAACAGUGCAACCCAAAUGUCAGUCUCUUCAACGAAGGAAACUAGUAAAAAGUUCGAUUUGCUCAAAUGCGCCGAAGCAAGGCAACUCAUCAAACAGACCUUGGAUGGCUUCCUGAUUAUUCUCUCUAAUGAUGGUGAUAUCACCUAUGUUUCGGAUAACAUCACAGAUUAUUUGGGACUGGCAAAGAUUGACAUACUCGGCCAACAAAUUUGGGAAUACAGUCACCAGUGUGAUCAUGCCGAACUCAAAGAGGCGCUCAAUAUUAAACGCAACGGCACCACCGAUAAAAUUAAAGAUGAGAAUAUGGUAGAGGAGGGACUCUCCACCGACCAUCGCGAUCUCUUCGUGCGCUUUAAAUGCACAUUGACUAGUCGUGGACGUAGCAUAAACAUCAAAAGCGCAUCGUAUAAAGUUAUACACGUCACCGGACACUUGGUGGUCAACAUGAAAGGUGAACGUGUGCUGAUCGCCAUCGGUCGACCAAUACCACAUCCAUCCAACAUCGAAAUUCCAUUGGGUAGCACAACAUUCUUGACAAAACACUCGUUGGAUAUGAAAUUUACAUAUGUGGAUGAUAAAAUGCAAAAUCUUUUCGGUUACAACGCCGAAGAUCUAUUAGACCAAUCACUCUUCGCCUGCCAUCAUGGCGGUGAUUCUGGUAAGCUGAUGGCAACAUUCAAAAGUGUGCUGAGCAAGGGCCAAGGUGAAACUUGCCGAUAUAGAUUUCUGGGAAAAUAUGGCGGUUACUGUUGGAUCGUGACACAAGCCACAAUUGUUUAUGAUAAAUUAAAACCACAGAGUGUUGUUUGCGUAAAUUAUGUCAUAAGCAAUCUUGAGAACAACAAUGAGAUUUAUUCACUUGCACAAUACGAGGCAAGCAAGCUUAAAGUUGAGGAAAGCGACAGCAAAAGUGAUCAAAGCAACGUUAGCGAUAGCUGUAGCAACAACAACAAGAGUGAAAACGACAACAACAAUAGCAUCAACAUCAACUCAGCUGUCGAUGAUAAAAACAUAUUAAAAGAGUGUACUGAAAAAUCAAAACUUGAACAAGAACUACCCCACCAACAACAAGAAAAAAUAGAAAAACAAGAAGUACUAAAUAAAACUUGCAAAGUUGAGUUGCAUUCGAUAAAAGUAGCCAAUUCACCACCAGCCCCAAAAUUGAUAUCAAUAACCGACAACGAUCUAAACGAGGAUCGUAGUAACAACUCGAACAGCAAUACCAACAAAUUGUGCACCACCAUCAAACGCGAACAAUCGCCAACAAUUGUCGCAAAACCGAAUACUACCUCAGACACACCCCCAUUGGGUAAUCCCUCGAAAUCGAUUGACGGUAAUAAAACGAUUGUGUGCGAACAUUCCCUUUCGCCGUUGCGCCGCAAUCUACAAUCGAAUUGUUUGAUCAGCAACGAUAAUAACGCAAACAACAAAAACAACAACAACAUUACUAACAACCCGAGCAAUAAAAACUUGCUCAUACCAAAAUUGGUCGAAGAGAAACGCCCAAAGUCGGUCACCGCAUCGGUAUUUCGUCCGGCCACAUUGGCCGAUUUGAGCGCAACACAGCCGACACCAUCGUCGCCAUCCUUACCGCCUGCGACCACCAGCACUUCGGCGGUGUUUGUGAAUGCAUCAAAUGCCGCAUUGCCGUCAUUGAAUGCUGCGUCACGCGCCCAAUCAGUGACGGCUUCCGUAUUUACGUCUAUUUCGCAGUUGUGCAAUAAGCAACAACAAUACAUUGCUAAAACCAAUUCCAUUACAACACCAACAACAGUCACAGCAGCAAUACUCAGUGGGCAACAACAACAUCAUCACCAACAGCCGCAGACACAGACUCGGACACAGCAGCAACAACAAGAUAUGAAUAAGUUUUUGACAUUCGGGGAUGACGCUACUGAGUUAACAAUGCUCAAAGAGGAACCCGAUGAUUUAGCACAUUUGGCACCAGCUGCUGUUGAUGCUUGCAUGCGCCUCGAUGACGCUGCUCCAUUUUGCGGCGAAAUGUUGCUUGGUCUGUGCUCGUACAGUUAUGGCGGUUUUUUGCCCGAUGACUACAGCUCUCUCGAUUCAACCACGAAUUCUUCGUCUCCAGACUCACCAAAUCAUAGUGGCAGCAACACUAACGGCAACAUUAACAACAACAGCAACAAUCAGCACAAUAAUCGAAAUAACAAAAGUAAUUUUAGCAGUCCAACGCAUCAGCAGAAUUGUAACAGCAAUCUGAACUCUGUCACAUUGCGCAAUAAUAAUAAUAAUAAUAACAACAACAACAGCAGCAUUAGCAACACCAAUCGCGUCGAUCCAUUCAUUAAUUAUCGGGAGGAAUCGAAUGACACAAACUGCUCACAGCAUUUACUCUCGCCCUGUGUGGCAUCGAAGAGUCCCGAAGCGAGCAGCCUGCCGUCGUUGUGCAGUCCUAACUCCCUCAGCCAGGAUGAUGGAUUUGCAUUUAUGACGAUGAGCGUUGACGAAGACAUAGACAUGACCAUGCGCGCUCCAUAUAUUCCAAUGAACGAGCAAGAGGACUUGCCUCUCCUGACUGCCGACGAUCUAAUGUGGUGCGCCAGCAAUGGUCUGGGCAGCGAAGAGUUGAAUAACCAAAAAGAUGUUGAUGCAACAUUGCAGCAACUGCAGUUGCAACAGCAACACUCCUGCGAAAGCAGUCACAACCUGUUGAGCGGCUAUCAGGAUGCCCAACAUAUUACACAAUCACAUUUAAAUUCGCUGUGUUCCUCACCCGCAUCGACCGUUUCUUCGCUUUCGCCUUCGCCGGUGAGUCAACAGCAGCAACAGCAACAACAGGAUACGAAUUGUGUUUAUAACACAGACACCAGUGAGCUGGCGGCGCUGCUAUGUGGCUCUGGUAGUGGCACAUUGUCUAUUCUAAAUAAUAAUUGUGGUGGUGGUGGUGGUGGCAAUGAGCAGACUGGUGCUGGUUUGCAACAACAGCAAGAACAAUCACAUCAACAGCAAUCGCAUUGCGGCGAUUUCCGUUUGCACCAACUGCAACAAGAUUUGGCGGCAGAGCAGCAGGACCAACAGCAACGGCAAAUGCAGUUGCUUGGCUUGAGUAUCGAUUGCAAGAAAGAAAGUUCGCUAUCGCCGAGCUUAUGUGAUUCCAUCGAGGAUGCAUUUGAUCAUGUCUACAACAAGGAUUCAACAAAUCUAGACUGCUGGAAUGAGCUGCUACAAAUUAACGUCAAUGAGAGUUCGUCGUCGGCAUCGCCCUCGCCAGCAGCAUCACUGAAUUCGCCACAACAGCAGCGGCAAGAACAAACACUGACAGAUUGCAAGCCGCACUUGCAACUGGAACAACAACUGUCGCCGCCGCAGCAGCAGCAGCAGCAGCAACAUCAACAACACAAUAUAAUUUUGAAUGCCGUGCCAUUGAUAACAAUACAAAACACUAAGAAUAUUUUGUUACAGCAACAACUUCAACAUAAUGCCAGCAAUAAAAUGAUAAUUAAUGAUGAAAUGUUGCCAGCGAAUCGCGGCGGCAAUAAAAUCACAACAAUAAAGUUGGUGAAUGGUCAAUCAACUCCAACGGCAACGGCAGCGGCAAUGACUACAGUCGGAACUUCGUUGGCCGCCAGUAACGGUACGACCAUUCGGCUGAUUGAUGGUAAACUUCAGCAAUUGUUGCAGCAAAAACAACAACAGGAGGAAACACGUCUGCCAAUUAGUGCCAAAGGAGUGCUGGCACAGCAGCAAAGUCAACAACAACAACAACAAUCACAUAAACGACAUUUGUUGAGCACUUUGGCUGGCAUCCAACAAGAGACAAAGCGCAUGAAAAGCACUGCUGCUGGAAUGGAGUUGCACGCGGUGCCACAGCUGCUGCAACAGUUAGUGACGCCUGUGCAGCCGCAACAGCUGAAGGAACAAGAACAAAAGCAACAAACGCGCAAAGUGAAUGGCGGAGUGGCACGUUGGCCAACGGCUGCCGACGCUAAGGCCGCUAACGGUAUCCAGCAACAACCACAAUCGAACUCAGUGCUAAAAAAUCUGUUAAUCAGCGGUUGUGAUACAAUUAUCUAUAAGAAACCAGGGGAUAUGCUUCUGGACGAAGAUUCCUUGGACCAAGCACCAACUCCACCACUCUCUGGCCUUUCGCCAUCACUCACCGGACCCUUGCAUUGCCAAACUUCGACAGCAACGGUUCUACGCGAUUAUCGCCACAAUCCAAUGAUCGGCGGACCAGGUGUGUUGCCAUCCCCACCAUUUGGAUCUACCAGCAGUAGCGAGGAGUCCAGCCCACCUGGCCUAACACCGGCCGACUCCGAGUCUACUUCGGACAGCGGCAUUGAUGACAUUGGCAUAAUUGAGGCCUCCUCACCGAUGAAAGUACAAUUGGACAAUCCUAGCAGCCCGAUAUUGAAACCGAUGAAUACAUGCUCAGCCACCACUAAAGAUAUGCUCCUAAUAAAGUGCUUGAAUAGCAGAGCCGCCAAAAAACGUGCCGCCAUGGACUCUUUAGCCAGUGAGCCACAGUUGAAGCAACAACAACCAUUUUCUUCGAGAAGUGUCGAUACAGGCAAUGAUAUAAGCCCACUCAUGGAACCCUUUAUAAUGGAUUUGUGUAAUGAUGACUACGAUGUAGCGGCCACCGAGCAGUUUUUGGCACCCAACGAAAUUGAGAAUGUGCUAAGCGAUUGGACAAAUGAGAUGGCCUAGCUGGAGGCAAACAUCAGUAAGAAAAGACGAAAAAAUCAAACCAAACAAUUACGCAGACGAAAACGACGAAGGACAAUGAAUAUGCGGACAAAGUGGGGACAAAGUCGAGAUUAGAAGAGUUUCGCUGGAGGGUAGAUGGUGAGAAGUGUCGUAGGAAGCAGGAUGCAGAAAUAUAUGUAUAGGUUGCAGCGAAACUGUGGGUGCGCACGUAAGAAAUCGUAACUAUAACUAUAACUGUAAGCAAAGCUGCCGCGGUGGCGGCUGACUAUCGUAUUUGGCGUUUAUGAGUGCUUUUGACAGGACUUGAAAUGAGGACAUGCCAUCUCCAACAUUGAAAACACUUAACGUCGAAAUAACUAAUUUUAGGGAAGGUGGGACGAAAUUCAGGGAAAGGAUUUACGGAGUGGACAUUUUUACAAACACACAAACAGACACAUUCAUCAUGCAGUUAAAUGGUUUCAAUACAAAAACAAGAUUGGCGAGAUAAAAAUUGACCAAAAACAGCAGAAUCGAAAGGAAAUACCAGAAAUAUUCAUUUACAAAGUUUGGUAUUUGUUUCUUUACUUCAAAAUUUGAUUUUCGUAAGAUUAGAAGAUUUGGAUAUAUCAGUGUCAGCUUGCACAAAUGAGCGGAAAUAUUGUCGAUUGGAAAAAACCAAUUAAUGCAAAAAAAACCUUCAAACAUUAUUUGGAAGUAAAUUCAUGUUUUUUGUUGAAUAUUUGUGCACAUUAAACCUUGCAGAGCAGAUUUAAUUUCGUUGAUAAUAAUUUUCCUAAAGUUUUCUAAAUAGUUUAUUUGUCCAAUCGACUUUCUUCGCUUCAUUGCAACAUGCAGACCUGAUUUGUUUUAGAAAAAAUUUAUUUUCAUAUUCUUUAUUGAUUUCUUAAAUUUAAGAGUUAUUUUGCAUAAAAUAUUACAACUAACAAACAACCCACACAUAAAAGCCAUAUUUUACCGUAUUUACCCCAAUGAAAGGCCAACAUGAAAAUAGUAAAAUAUUUUGCAAAAAGUCAAGGAAAAUAUUCAAAAAUAACAAAACAAAAAACCAACUUUAUUAUAUAUGUACAUACAUAUAAACACUUUGUUAGUUUUAAUUUCUUACUGCCCAAAACAGAAGUAAACCGUGUGGUUAGUUGUAUAAGUGCUAAACUUUAUAUAUCUGAAAUAAAUUUAAAGUUAACAAAACAAACAAAAAAAAAA